AGUGUUUUGUUUUGAUUGAGGCGGCAGUUUGUUCGCUCGAGGUUUUUCUCGUGAUUUUCACAAUUUUCUUUGAGUUUUCCGGGAAUAAAUUGUUCAAAAAGAUGUGGAAUGACUUCAGAGUGACUUCCAAUGAUGAAGUAACCAUCAAUAAUACGUUGUGCUCAAUUGGUUUGUUUCAAAUUGCAUCGACUACUGAGGUAACAACUUCCCCAAAAGUCCAUGCAGCUGUUCAGAAUGGCAAGAUUUACGUGGCUGUUGAUCAGAUUCUUGUUCUGCUUGAGAAUGAAAAUGUGGGGGAAUGCAAAUUUCUCAGUUUUCCGGAAACACAGAUUGAUUGCGUCUUCAUCUCUGACUCGGGGAAGCUGGUGGUUUGCUGCCUCGCCAAUGGGACUAUUAAUGGCUUUUGCAUAACUGGUCGUCCACUCUUCAAUUUGAAAAUUGAGGAGGAAGACAUUGGGGAGGAAAAGUCAUUUGUGGGGAUUUCUGCAGAUGGUCCAGAUCUCUAUAUUAUGUGCAGGAAUGGCAGAUUGUACAAGGUGGGCACGGUGGAUGAGGAUAAAUCCAUGAGUUUGAUUGAGAAUAAUGAAACGUUGGUUUUUGAUGAGAGCAUCACGUCCAGUGCUCAAAUCUCGCGGAUUUCCUCGCGGAAAUUCUACAAUGAAGUCAUCUCGUUUAUCAUGAUUCCCUGCGAUGAUGCCCCAAUGGCUGUAUGCUGUGACACCACGCGCAUCUAUGUCUACUCCAACGGGGACUUCCUCCCAAUUAGUCUGCAAGAGGAGCAGCAUGGAGGGAUUAAGAAGCUGCAUCUUAUUAGGAAUUAUCUCCUUGGGUUGUGUCACAAUGGGAGCAUCGUGGAGAUUUGUCCCUACACGGGAAUGGUGUACAACAUGAGCACUGAGGCUGAUUGCAGAAUUGACGAUAUGGUCCUCAUGGAGAGUACAGAUGAGAAGAUAGAGUUGAUGAUUCUCACCAAACCCACUUCAAUAGGGGAGAAAUUUCUCAAAAUUGUCGAUUUCCCCUCAAUGGCAUCACUCUAUGAUCUGGACAUGAGUAAGCACAUUUGGUUGGUGGAUCAACCGAAAUCCCCAAUGGGGAUGUACUACCUCAUAGGGGAUGGAGAGAGCACGGUGCCACAGGAGAUUGAGAUGAAGAUUAUCUCAGAGACGCUGCCACAGCAUCAGCUAAUGAAGAUGAUAAGCCGUGGGCGUUUGGAGGAGGCUGAAGAGUUUGCCGUACAAUUCAAUUUGAGCCUUGAGCCCAUCCAUGAGCAUCGCCUGAAGCGACACAUCACGAAAAUGGCCCAAUGCAGGAAUACCGAAGUGUUGCGGGUUGAAUUUAGGGACUUUCUCCAGCUCCUUGAUAAAAUAAACAAUGUUGGAAAAGUCCUCGCGAUGUGGGACAUUGGAAUUCCCAACAGGGAGCUAACGGCGGAAUACCUGGAGUACCUCAUGGGAAAAUUAUCCACGGAGAAUGAAGCUGAGCGUGAGGUGAUGAGUAAAAUUGCUGAACAUUUGCGUCGCAUUGAAACACUGAAUUUGAUUGAUUCUGCCGAGUGUAUCCUCGAGUGGAGGAACUUCCUGAACAGUCAGAAUCUCCUGAAGAUCUGUCUAGGUUAUCUCUCAUCAAAUAUUCCCAAUGCCUGCUUGAUCUGGUCCCGGCAUUCGUCUCACCUUGUUCCGAAUUUGGAUGCGGCAAAUCUCACAAAGAUCCUGAAUUCCAUCACAAACACCACGGAACCCUUGUCUGUGAUCCAGUGGUUGCAUCACUUCACCCCAACACUCCUGCAGAUUCAUCCGGAAUUUAUGCCAAUAAUCGUGGAUUGGAGUAUCAUGAAGAUUCGCUUCUUUGAGAGCUCCCACGCCUGGAGGGCGAAUUCCUUGGAGAUUUGCAAUGGGAUCCUUGAGAUUUUCACAAAUCUCCAUUUUGUCAUCGUUGACAGGCGUCGGCAGUACGAUAGGAGUAUCCGAAAGCUGCUCAGCAUCAAGUUUGCCCUUGAGGAUUUGCAAAUUCUCCGGAAUGACUUCAAUCUGACCAUUGGACUGGGUGAAUACCUUACAAAUUCCUUGGAAGAGACAACGUCCAAGCUUCUGCUGAACGUCCAAACGGACUACAUUCAGGGCUUCAUUAAUGAUUUCCUCUACCCGAAAUUCAUUGAGGACAACAAAUCCCCCAUUGAGUGCCUCGUGAAGUACAUAAAUCUCCUCGUGGUGCACAAAAAGUCCUUCAGUUGUUGGCAGGAACGUGCUGUGAUUAUCCUUGAGCUCAUACCGAAUGAGGAGGAGCGUCUAAUUGGGGCACAGAAUAUUCUGCAAGAAGCCCCCGUGCCAUGGUCACCAGUUCUAAUGCCCCUCAUCAAGUACAGUGCCCUCAAUCAUCCAAUUGCGCAGGAAAUUCGCUCAAUCUACGAGCAGCAGAUCGUGAAGAUCAUCAAAUUGAAGUAUCAUUGGCCACAGAACAGUCCAGAUGACUUCCUCAGACUCAUCUGUAGGAUUCUCAAGGAGAAAACGCAGGAUUUGUGGACAGAUAUCAAGAGUCUCAUAAAGGCUGUGCCAAAAAUUCAACGUAUUGCGUACUUUUGUUGCAUUCACGACUUCUCGCGCCAUGGAAACUUCGAAAUGGCCAUCCACAUUCUCGGGGAGCUGGAAAAUGAUCGCUUUGAGACAAUUGACUACCUCAUGGGGACCCUCAUUAAUAUCCUCGAAGUUGGUGAUGUGGAGGAGAAGUACGAGAAGAAUCUCAUUGAAAUGCUCAAUAUUCUCGAUCAUAAAUCAAAUGGAUCGAUGAGUGAUCGUGUCCAGCAAAUUAAUCGUAUCCAGACGCUUAAAAAUCGUUUCGCCGGCCAAUUUGGCUCAAUUAAUUUCAAUCGAGUGCCAAAGGAAGAAAUUUUUGCCAAAACAAUGGACGUAAUUGUGAAUAAUCUGAGAAAUUACGAUGGGAACAUUAUUCGUCGGCUUUGGGAUGAUGUUAAAAUCCUCACAGAAGCCCUCAAGAUGGAUUUCCUCACGGGGAUGAUGAGAAUUUGCCAGAAAUGCUGCAAUCUCCAGCUCACAUGUGCCAUUGGCUACAACAUCCUCUCAAUGGAGGAUUUUAAGAGUUACGAUUGCGACAAAAUCCUCCAGUUCUGCACACUCCUGCUGACGCAGCAAAUGCAAAUUUUCGACACUGACGAUGCCAUCAUUGAGGAUCCCCUCGCAUUUGCCAUCAUCUACAAAUUCCUCGUGCGUGUGCUCCAACUCACGAAGAUUCACUACGUUGAGGCGAAGGAAAUGAUAGAAUGGGUGAGGAUAAUCAAUGAACUCUACCCGGAAUCUGCCCUCGAUGCUCACUACGAAGGGAUGGAGGAGAAAUUGGGCAGAGAAAUUGUCGAAGACUUCAUCCAGGGCCAUGCAAAAGCCAAGAGUAAGAAGGCAGAGAAGAGUAGAGUAUCAAUGUCGGUCUUUGAUUGCGUUGCAACACCCACAAAGAAGGGAAUUAAGGAGAUGAAGAUUGAAUUUCAAUGCACCAUUAAAUGCCUUUCAACUGUUAUGCAAAUCCUAGCGGAACAUCCCGAAGGAGCUGCUUUUGGGCAACGUCUUAAGGAAUUUUCCGUUUCACACGAAGAGAAUUCCCUGGAAAAUGGAGAUUCCUUCAGCACGGAUAAGAUGGCAAAGCUGAAGUCUGAUCUGUCUUCUCACAUCCAUAAGCUGUUCGAAUUGAAACUAUACUACGUCCUGUACACGAUUUGCAGUCGAAUAAUCAUCAUGCAGCAAAAAUGUGGAAUUGAGAUUCUUCCUAAAAAUUCUCUGCUGAUCUUUCAACAGAAAAUGAUGAAGUCAUCACUUUCGGAGAGAGAAUUCAAUGCCAUUGAAUCCUUGGGUCAGUUGGUUUCAUGCGACACACCCAUAAAGUUAAUUCAGCACCUGAACAUUGCGGGAAAGACUGAUAUCUUCAAGGUGAAUUACUACUCACUGACGGAAAAUUACUACAAUCUCCGUGGAGAAGCCAAGAAGGCACAACAGGAGAGAGAAAAUCGAAUCAAAUAUCAAUUUAUCAUGGAGAUUCGCAAGAAGAAUCCAGAUUUUGAAUUGGAUGUGAAUCUGGAGAAUCUUUCUCUGGGGGAUUUGGUCAGUAAGUCGUGUACGGUGCCAAUUGAUGUGGGAACGCUGCAAAAGCUCUUCAGUGAUUUCUCAUGGAAGGGAGAUUACCAGGAAUUGCUGAUAUUUCAGCUAAUUCUUGUGCUGAAGCAGCAAGAAUUGAAAUUCAGCGUCACCACUGAUGCUUUUGGGAAGGAGAAUGUAAUUGUUGAGAAUACAGUGGAGGAUAUUUUGCAGCAGUGUCGACCGUAUGUGAAUGAAAUUGUCAAUGAGAAGCUUCUAACGACAAAGCUAAUUACCUUCAUAUCCUCAAUGGAUUUUUAUUUCUACGAAAUGUAUUUGGCAAUUAUUGAGAUUCUAACGGAAUUCGGUACACUGCCGACGAAUAUGAGUGCCUGGAAGCACAUUUUGGAGUUUCUAAUUCACAAAAUGACGGUACGACGACGCGCACGACCGACACAGGAUGAAAUAGAGAUGCAGGCAAAUGGAGGGAUACUGCCGAAUAUUGCAAAAUAUCGCUUCUCCUUCCAAGUAAUCAUUAAGAAUGAUUUGCAUGAGACUCUUGGGGAGGAGGUGUACGUGGAUAAUUGUGAGGAUUGGUUUACGCUCAUUAAGAUCCACACAAUGUACUUCUACAGCAUCAACAGUGAGGAGGAAUUGGUGAAAAUUAUGGAGAAAUUCUGCAUGACGGCUGUUAAGAAUUCCCUGCAGGAGUACAAGGCGCAAACGGAGAAGGAUGAAUGUGGUGUGUGGCAGUUGAAGCCCACUGAUAACUCCUUGCUUAAAUCAACGUUAAAACUCACCAAGUUCAUGGUUAGUAAAUGGAAAAUUUUUGCUCUUCUCUACUACGUUAUGAACUACACGAUUGAGGGGGUGGAUCAAGUUGAAGCAGCGUACGAAUGCUACAAGUAUGCUCUGGAGAAUGAGGAGGAGCUAGUAAAUUGCGAUAAGUCCGUCAAUCACGUUUUGAAGGUGAAACAGAAGUAUAUAAGAUUGAAGAUUCAGCAUCUCCUUCAUGUGCACAAACUAAAUGAGGAGAAUUUGCUGAAAUUGGUGGAGAAUCCCAAUAAAUUGAUUUAUUCCCUGUACAUGCACGAAUGCAUCAUGAAGCCACAGCCACCGAAUGUUACGCAGAUUGUCGAGGAAGUUGCUGAGUUGAAUAAAUUGGACUUACGUGCUGUUCAGAAGGGUUUCCUCACCAAAUGGUUGUCGAUUUCACUGGAUUCCAAUGCACUGAAUCCCGAUGAUACGAUUGUGCUGGAUGAGACACUGCUAACGGAUGAGAAGCAAAUGAAUGAUGACACAGAUCUCGAGGAAUGCAUAAAGAGAGCUCACUACAUCCUAUCGAGUUGGCCAAUUGAUGAUGCUCUUCACUUUCUCACCACAAUCUCCAAUCAGAAUCCGCAAAAUUCCGAAUGUGAGCUCAAGAUUUACGAAUGGAUUAAUCGCUUGCUGGAUGAUGAUGCACCACAGUGCAAGAAUACCCUUGAUAAGAACUACGUUCCAGUGAAGGUGUCGAGUGAUCUCAAGAAGUUGGGUAUUAAUGUGCCCGUAGCCAAGUACAGUCAGUACGAUAAAAUAGAAUUGCUGAAGAGAAUUUGGCAGAAGAAUAGCAAUAGUCCCAUUGCUGUGAAUUCCAUGGCACUCAUUUGCCUGGAGCAUGGAAUUAAUGAGCCGAAGAUUUGGGAUAAAAUCCUCCAGCAAAUGGUGCAUUUUGGCAUGCAAAAGGAACUGCUGUCCAUUGUUAAUUUCCUCUCGGCGAAACCCGAACUUCUCACCAUUAGUGGGCUCACAAGGGCAUGGGAAUUUCUCAUAAAGGCCCCCUUUGAGGCUGCCACACGUAUGAGGACAGCUGAAGACAAUGAGAAUCUCUGUCGUGCUCUGACGCUCCUGCAAAUCUGUCCGGUAACAUCAAAGAUUAAUUUGGUGAAUUUAGCCAAUAUUUGUGAGCAUAUCGAUCAAGUCCACAUGGCGGCAAUUUUCAUGGUUUACGCCAAUAAGGAUGCCAAGCAAAUCAUAAAGGAUCUCGUGAUGAAGUAUAAAUCGCAAAAGAUGCAAAAUGAUCUUGAAAAUCUCGAACUUCAUGGCGUUCUUCCGAUUCUCAUUAAGAAUGCCAUCAUGGAAAUAUUCUACAAUUCUGAUUAAUUAUAGUUUAAUUCUUUUUGUAAAUUCAUCACGGUUAAUUGAAAUAAUAAUUCUUUUAAUUCAAUCAA